CCCGCCAAUCCCGCCCAAAAAAGGUAACUUCCUAAAAUAUAUGAGAUCCGGUAAGAUCUUAAUUCCAUCUCCCUUAUAAAUUAAAAAACCCUAGAUUUUGAGAGAGGAGAAGAAGAACAGGAGCUUGAGGUUGAAGUUGUGAAUAUGUGAUCCAAUUGAGGUAGGAAAACAGGAAGGAGAAAAAAGGUGACACAUGUCUGGAGACCAAAGAGAAAAUGUUAAAAUUCGCAAAGAGAUGCAUAUCAGUAUGGAGAGGAUUCUCCCCUCUGAACUUACUUUGGAGAUACUUUCCCGUUUACCCGUUGAUUUAGUCUUACAAUGUAGAGAAGUGUGCACGGGGUGGAGAGACCUAAUUGGUCAUCUUUCCAAUGCUCAUAUGCGCUUGUAACAAUCAUCACAGCUUGAUGGUAACAAUUUCCCAAGUCUUUCUUCUCAUAUUGCUGCUAAUGUUGUUGUUGGCUUCAUUUUUUGCUUCAUAUUUCCAAAGGAAAGAGGCAAUCAAUUUUACUAUGGAGAGUAUCAUAACCACCCUAAUUAUAAGCUUAAAAGGAUCAACCAGCCUGUCAUUUUUAAUAAGUCAGUCGUUGGUUCAUGUAACGGCUUGAUUUGCUUUGCUGAAGGUAAGGAUAUCCUUGUCCAAGAACCUAGCUAUAUUUGUAACCCUAUUACCAGCGAGUACGUAAAAUUUCCAAGGCUGAGUGUUAAAAAAAACAUCGAAUUUGGGGCUAUAGUGUGUGGUUUUGGUUACCAUACUUCUACUAAGAAGUACAAAAUCGUAAAAAUUUGCUAUAUCCAAAAUCAACCUUUAGGGAAGGUAAUGGUAUAUACGCUGGGCAGUGGGAGUGGUUGGAGAGACAUAGGAGAAACUGCUUACUCAUUGAGACCUACUACAGGCUUUUUUCACAGUAUAUUGAGUUAUCGAUCCCCAUUUGGUACUUUGGCAAAUGGAGCACUUCAUUGGCUUACCAAUGAAAACAAGAUUUUGUCCUUUGAUUUGGCUAACGAGAACAUAUACCUUCUCCCUUUCCCACUUUUUGACCGUACUAUAAGUGGGUGGGACUAUUUUCACCUUGAGGUAUUGGGAGGAAGCUUGUGUUUUGUUCAUAAAAAGCUAGGUGAACCCUUAUUAGACAUAUGGUUUUUAAGGAAGCAAGGGGAAAGCAGUAGUUUUGACCUUAAUGAGCAGGACGAUUGUCACUCAUUGAUCUGGAUUAAGAAGUUCAGCAUACCAACUGGAUGUCAAGCAGCACCAUGUGCCAUUACAAAUAGUGGUGAAGUUCUACUGCUCUGCCGUUCUAGUCUCUUAUGUUUUGAUCCUAAGACUGCAACCUUGGAAAGGCUUACUGAUAAAGGAAUUAGUCACGUACUUCCUCACGUGAAUAGCUUUGUUUCGCUGAAAGCUCUCGGAGAAAGGUGCAUUCUCAGAAAAAGAUAUUAUGCUAAUCCAGCGCCCAAGGAAAUCUAUAUAAAACAACAAAGGGAGGAUCUGAUCAAGAGACAUAAUUUUCAGAUUGGUGGGAUGCAUAAUGGAAGUUUGGAACUCAUAUGAUUCGCACCACAUUUUUUCGUUUAUGUUCUCGCCCUGGACAUUGUUUUUCUGUCUUAAGUUUAGAUGAAUCACUGGAUUUCGAUAUUUGCUAUGUUAAAGAGAUUGAUGCUCAGUUAAAUUUCUCUUUUGUUGGUUGUUUUGUUCA